GGAGGGACUUCCUCCAGAGUUGCAGUUGGAUGGCAGUACGCUGGUCCUCGGUUGACACGUAACUAAAAUUAAAGGUGUUUCGGAGGCCUCGUUCCGGACGUCAGUUUUAAACUUUUUUGCAAGCUUGCCUGGCUUGGAGAAGAAACCCCGAAACCCGGUCGAGGAAAGGAGAAGGAAACUGGGGUUGGGGGGGGGGGAGAGUAGGCGCCAGCCUCGGUUUGUUUUGCUGUUCAAAUCAGGGCAGAGCAAAGCGGAGCAGAGCAGGACUCUUGAGUUGAAGUCAAGCGAAAACCUGAGCUGCUACUUUCAAGUCCCUGGCGAGAGUCUCGAGUGGAUGCGUCUAGGUCGAAAUAAUGCACGGGCAGGGCGAAUGUUAGCGGCUAACUCGUACUUUCUGCUUGGAAAUGUUCGGGAAGUGAGGGAAAGGGAGUGGGGGGUGGUAAAAAGUUGACUCGGAAGUUUCCAGCGGCAGAAACGGGGCUUUCUCGCUCGGAGGGCUGCGGGACUACCAUGGGGAACGGGGUGUGCUCCCGGAGGCAGCGGAGGAUUUUCCAGUGUCUCCUGCUGGUCACCGUGGUCUGCGGGAUGAUGUACGGCGGAAUGGUGUCGUACGAAAUGCACAAGCAGCUGAGGAGGACCGAGGCGAUGGCCCUGAAGUAUCAGCAACAUCAGGAGUCGCUCUCGGCUCAGCUCCAAGUGGUGUAUGAGCAUCGCUCGCGGCUGGAAAAGUCUCUUCAGAAGGAGCGGUUGGAGCAUAAAAAGGCCAAAGAAGAUUAUCUGGUUUAUAAGCUUGAGUCUCAACAAAUGCUGAACAAGGAAAAGCAAGACUCCAACGGCAGGUUGAACUCAUUACAAGUCCAACAUCAGAUGUUAAAGAAUCAGCACGAGGAGCUGAAGAGGCAGUACUACGAGCUGCAGGAGCAGCACCAGGAGCAGGGCGAGGACCACGGCCGGCUGCUGGACCAGCACAGGGAGCGCUACGAUAAACUGCAGCAAGCCAAAGAGGUGGAAGUGGCCCAGCUCAAAGACAGCGUCUAUAACCUAAGAGAGGAAAACAAACAGCUGAGGAAGGCCCACCAAGACAUCCACACACAGCUGCAGGACGCUCAGGUCCAGCAUCAGGACCUGAAGGCAGCCCACGACCAGCUCGCACUGACACUGGAGGACCACAAGAGUGCGCUGGCUGUAGCUCAGGCACAGGUGGAUGAAUACAGGCAACUCAGGGAGUCUCUAGACAGAUCGCCCAACCAGGCCCAGCCGGAGCCGAAAGCCGCAGCGACCAAAACCCCCGAGUCCCCCGUCCAUGGGCUCCAAGCAGGCGCACUGCAGCAGUCCCAUAAGGAGGAGCCUGCCCAGGACAGUCACCAGGCUCACUGGGACACGGAGUCGAGGUUGGCCCAGCAGGAGAAGGAGCAGCCACGCGCCCGCUCGGAGCUGGACUCUCAUCCCACUGUGUCCCAGCACACCUUUUCUGAGAGGGAGGAGGACGGCGAAGGAGAGGCAGAGAGGAGGAGGGAGCUGGCUGAGGAGGAGAUGGCCCAGGCGGGACAGCCUCAGAAGCUGGAGGAGGACCCGGACCAGCCCCAGGACGAGCAGCUGGAGGAGGAUGAGGAGGAGGAAAAGGAGCAGCCAGACGAGAACGCCUUAGACCGACAGAAACGCCAGCCACAGCCGGAGACCCACGCAGAGCUGCACCAGGAGGCCCAGGUGCAGCACGUGAAGUCGGCCUACGAGCAGCAGCAGGAGCAGCAGCGCCUGGAGGCCCAGAGGGCCGAGGAGCGCCGGCAGAUCCAGAUGCGACAGGAGGCCCUGCAGGCCCAGAGAGAGCGGGUGGUGAAGGAGAGGGAGCAGCGGCUGAGGGAGGAGCAGAAAAGAGAGGAGCAGCAGCACAAAGAGGCCGACCGACGGGAGCAGCUGCUGAGAGAGGAACACCUGAGGAAAAGGACAGAGUAUGAGAACAUGGACAACGAUGUCAUUCAAGGAGGGGAGGACCAUCAUGUUCAGAAUGAAGAAGAGAGAGAUGUUCAUAUGCUGCCGGGGGAGGAGGACAAACAGGAAGUGGAUCACCGAGUGCCGCCACAUCAGGGUGCUGUUGACGGUGAGGUGGACCCUGAAGACGAUCCCAACAACCAAGGGGAGGAUGAGUUUGAGGAGGCCGAGGACGAGCAGCCGGCACACAGAGCUGCUGCUGAAGAAGAGGAGGGGGUGGAAGAGGAAGAGGAGCCAGCAGCACAGCCCGUGAAAAAAAGUCACCCGGGCCCUGGACAGCCUGCUGAGGAGGAUGAGCUGGUGAUGGCUGGAAACCCAGAUCAACAGGAAGACACACUGGAUGACCAGUACCAGGAAGAAGUGGAGGAUGAGGCCCAGGAGGACAUAGCUGGGGGGCCGAAGAGAGAGGAGGAAGAAGUGGAGGGAGUAGAAGAGGAAGGAGAGGAUCUGUAUAAUGAAGACAAUGUCAAACAGGAAGCGGCAAAAAACCAGGAGGGGCCAAGAAAUGAGGGGAAUCACCAAACUGGAGCAAAGGACAAUGAGGAGGAGAAUUAUGAAGAGGACGAGGAGGAUGCAGAGGACGAUGCAGCGGAUCAUAACAAGGGAACCAAUCAGAGGGCGGAAAUGUAGAAGCGACAUCAGCUGCCCUGCUUCUUUUUGGCUCCCCGUAGUAUAGAGCCAUCCAGGUCUGCGUUUCUGUAGGUUCCAUAAGGAAGAAAACCAGACCUCCAUUCAGAAUUCCAGGUAGGAAAAUCUGGAAUUCACGCCUGGAAAAUGGGAAACACUGUACACUUUGGAAAUGGACACUAUUUUUUAUGACGCAAACGGCAAAUAUAUAUAUACUGUUUUUUGUGUUUUUUAAUCAGACUUUUCUGUCUACUCGCAUGGCUGCCUGAUUGCCAGUCUGGUUCAGAGAAUGUAUUUUUAUCAAAGUGCUGUCUGUCUGUGUGAAAAAGAGCAAAGGCCAACUAUGUUUGAUGUUUUUGUGGAAGUCAAAUGUCUAUUUACGUCUCACAUCUCUGUCAUCUGUGACAUUUCUGUUAUUUAUUGCUGAUGAUGAAAACUCUGACAAUCACAAAAGGUGCAAGGCUUCUACCCCUACCCCCCCACCCCAAAAAUAACGAAACAGAAGCAGUUUGACGGCUUUAACCCACUUUAAGAGGCAGACACUCUUGGAGCAUGUCCACUGGAUUCUUCCCGAUUAAAAGUAACUUUUUUUUUCUUGUGAACCUUUUCCAUGCUUAGUGCCACUCUGACAUGUGCCUUUCCAUUAUUGGAAACCUCCAUUUGCUUUUAGUAAUUUUAUAUAAAUAUAUCCAUUUAAUACAACAGAGGUAAUGUGAGCUUACCAUACACCUGAGGGGGGGAUUUUUAAGUCACCUGCAGGUGUGAAUUAAAUUCACAAAGCUGAUCUUUUAUCCUGCUGUACAAUGUACAGUCACAUGUUUGUACAUUUCUAUAGCUGCUUCAUUUGGUACAACAGGAGGAAAUUUGAUUUGUCACUUGGACAGUGUUCAAUAAACAGUCAAAGAUUUUCAGAUAUAUCUAUAAUGUUGUUGUCUAACUCUGUAAAAACAUCUGAAGUUGAUGGGACAUUUAGAAAAGUCUGUUGACAAAGUUAAAUGAUCAGUUUCACAUUGCGUGGGUGUGGCAUUUGCUGUAGUGAAUGAUGAAAUUAUAUCUGGCCAUGUAUACCAAACGAAUGAACAAUAUUUCUACUAAAAUUUAAGGAAAGAUUUUAAGCUUCUUAAAUUUGAGCUUUAAACUGAAAAUCUUCUUCAAUUGCUUGUUCCAC